UUUUAAUCGGUAAUCUAGGAAUGAUUACGUUAGGGAUUCUUUAAGCCAUUGAUGCGGUGAUGUUCGUUGGAUCUGUAAUCGACGGAACGAUGAAGAUCUCCAAAUCUUUGUCCUAAAUUCGUGUCCUCAUCUUCUUUAGCCUCUAAUGCAUUGAUGGAUUGUCUUGGUUGUAGGUAUGUAAAAUGGUGGAUUUGAUCAGAUUUGAAUAGGUGGCGGCUUAUUGAAACCUAGGGCUCGCUUUUCAAUUUCUUCCUCUCAUAUCUGGGCUCUUUGGAUUGUUGAAGGGCCCUUCUUUUUUCACUUUGAGAGGAAUUAGCAGAACGGAGGGAAAUGAAAGAUGUGAUAGGGAGUCCAGGAACUGUCAGUGGUCUAUUGCUGAGGAUAGGGCAGUUUUCAUUUGCCGCAGCUUCGAUUGGAGUUAUGGUGUCUGCUACUGGCUUCUCUACCUUCACUGCUUUCUGCUAUUUAAUUGCCUCAAUGGGGCUUCAAUUGCUGUGGAGCUUAGGACUCGCCUGUCUUGAUGUUUAUGCUUUGAGGAGAAAGAGAGACCUUCAAAAUCCUGUUCUAGUGAGCCUGUUUGUUGUGGGAGAUUGGGUAAUGGUUACAUCUAUGUUAUCACUUGCAGCUGCAUGCUCUUCCGCUGGAGUUGCAGUCCUGUAUGCAAAAGACUUGCAUGUUUGCAGGCAGCAUAUGCAUCUGCCUUGUAGUAGGUUUGAGAUUUCCAUAUUUUUGGCUUUCACCACAUGGGUUCUUGUCGCAGUAUCUUCUCACGUGAUGUUCUGGAUCUUAGCCUCAGUAUAGACGACUCAACGUUUCCUCUGAUCAAUACGCCAAUUAUACUUGUAUCUUUUGUGUUACAUGGUUUUUUUUUAAUGUUUAUCUUUCCUACCUUUUGUAGCUUAUUUUCAAACAGUUCUCUUGUUAAUCUAGAGGCACGAGUUCAAUUCUUGAAAACAGUCUCUCUUCAUAUUAUGUGAGGAAAAGUUCUGCAUA